AUGUACACCAACAAGAUUGCUGCCCUGGUUGGCGCCAUCGCCGCCAUCGAACAGGCUUCCGCCUUGAGCUUGCACCGACACGAGCACAAGCUGCAGAAGAAGGCUGAAGCCGUUGUAUGGGAAACCGUUUUCGAGACCAUCUACGUUACCGCGGGAGCCCCUGCUCCUGAACCUACCGUCAAGGCUGAUGCCGGCACCGUCACUUCUCAGCAAGUCGUUGUCGUCACUCCUCCAGCUCAGGUCAAGCCUCCCGUUGUCCAGGCUGUGAAUGUUCCCACCAAGAUCGUCACCUCUGUCAAGCCUGCUCCUACAUAUGGCUCUGGCUCUGGCUCCGGCUCCGGUUCCGGUUCCGGGUCAAAGAACGGCCCCGGCUUCUCUGGAAAGCGUGGCCUCGCUUACAACGACCCUUUGCUCGCCAACCUCUUCGGAGGCUCUUGCAAGAAGGGCGAAUGCACCUGGGCUUACAACUGGGCUGACUCUGCCAGCGGCCUAGACUCCAAGUACAGCUUCAUCCCUACCCUCUGGGGCAACAAGCAAGAUUUCCUCAGCCGCUGGGGCUCCUCGUGCAGCAAGGGCGACGGUGCCAAGGCCGUCUUCGCCUUCAACGAGCCCGACAAUGCUGGCCAAGCUGCCAUGGCCCCUGGUGACGCCGCGGACCUCUUCGUCAAGUACAUGAACCCUUGCUCCGGAAAGACUAUUGUCGGUGCCCCCUCGGUCAGCAACAGCAACCUGGACAACGAAGGUCUCAAAUGGCUCCAGGACUUUGUCAGCCAGUGCAAGGGCAAGGGCUGCAAAUAUGACUUCUGCAACGUCCAUUGGUACUCUCCCGCUAGUGCCAUCGACACCCUCUUCUCGCACCUCGAGGAGGCUCACAAGAUCUGCGACGGCAAGCCCAUCUGGCUGACUGAGUUUGCCCCCACCGGCUCCCCUAGCGAGAUCGACGAGUUCAUGAAGAAGGCCAUUCCCAAGCUCGACUCCCUCGACUACCUCACUGCCUACUCGUACUUCAUGGUCAAGCCCGACAGCUUGCUAUCUGGUGCCAACGCCCUGAGCUCCCUGGGCAACAUUUACGCCUCCGCCUAA